AGGGGCAGUUUUUCUUCAGGCACGGCUGUAGACAGCUUUACCCGGCUGUUGGGGUCCUUUUAGUCGAGUCGUGGAGGAUUAGCUUCAGCCAACAUGCCGACCGUCGGGGUAAAAAGAGACCUUCUGUUCAACGCCCUGGGCAGAACAUACACUGACGAGGAGUUCGACGAACUCUGUUUCGAGUUUGGAUUGGAACUGGACGAAAUUACCUCAGAGAAGGAGAUCAUCAGCAGGGAGCAGGGUGACUCGAAGGCUUCAGGAGCAUCAGAUGUCAUUCUUUACAAGAUCGAUGUGCCUGCGAACCGCUAUGACCUGCUAUGUUUGGAGGGGCUUGUCCGUGGACUACAGGUCUUCAAAAACAAGCUGGAGGCGCCCCGCUACACACGUGUGAGCCCCACCACCGGGGAAGUUCAGAGACUAAUCAUCACCAAGGAGACCGCAGCAGUGAGGCCCCACGCCGUGGCCGCCGUUCUGAGGAACAUCACCUUCACCAAGGAGCGCUAUGACAGCUUCAUUGAGCUCCAGGAGAAGCUGCAUCAGAACAUUUGCAGAAAAAGGAGCCUGGUGGCCAUCGGCACCCACGACCUGGACACCAUCUCUGGCCCUUUCACCUACACGGCCAGACCCCCCGGAGACAUCAGCUUCAAGCCCCUCAACCAGACCAAAGAGUACACCGCAACCCAACUCAUGAGCCUCUACAAGACAGACAGCCACCUGAGACACUAUCUUCACAUCAUUGAAGACAAGCCGGUGUACCCGAUCAUCUAUGACAGCAACGGCGUGGUCUUGUCCAUGCCUCCUAUUAUUAACGGAGACCACUCUAAAAUCAGCUUAACAACAAAAAACGUCUUCAUUGAGUGUACGGCCACAGACCUGACGAAGGCCAAGACAGUGUUGGACGUCAUGGUGACCAUGUUCAGCCAGUACUGUUCACGGCCUUUCACGGUGGAGGAGGCUGAGGUGGUGUACCCUGACGGGAAGACUUGCAUAUACCCUGAGUUGGCUUACAGAAAGGAGAAGUUGUCCGGCGAGUUCAUCAACCGUAAAGUUGGAAUUUCUGAACCUACAGAAAAGAUCGCCCAGCUGCUCACCAGGAUGUGUCUGCUCUCCCAGCCCACCGGAGCUGGUGAUGAGAUCGAGGUAGAGAUCCCACCCACUCGUCCAGACGUAAUCCACGCUUGUGACAUCAUGGAGGACGCCGCAGUCGCCUACGGGUUCAACAACAUCAUUCGUACUACGCCACGCACCUACACUGUAGCCAACCAGUUCCCAAUCAAUAAACUAACAGAGCUGCUGAGACAAGACCUGGCAGCAGCAGGGUUCACAGAAGCUCUCAACUUUGCCCUGUGCUCUCAGGAGGACAUCGCAGACAAACUCUGUAAAAAGAUUUCAGACACGAGAGCCGUUCACAUCUCCAACCCGAAGACAGCAGAGUUUCAGGUGGCGCGCACCACACUGCUGCCAGGCCUGCUGAAAACGGUGGCUGCUAACAGGAAGAUGCCUCUUCCCCUCAAGCUUUUUGAGAUUUCUGAUGUGGUUCUAAAAGACGAGAGCAAAGAUGUGGGGGCGAGGAACAGCCGGCGCUUUUGUGCCGUUUACUACAAUAAGAGCCCUGGCUUUGAGGUGAUCCACGGCCUGCUGGACCGAACCAUGCAGCUGCUGGAGGUGAAACCAGCCCGAGAACAGGGAUACCACAUCCAGGCCGCAGAUGAUUCCACCUUCUUCCCCGGUCGCUGCGCUGAGAUCUUCGUCCACGGGAAGAGCGUGGGCCGACUCGGCGUCCUUCACCCGGAUGUCAUCGGCCGUUUCGAACUGUCCAUGCCCUGCUCCGCCCUGGAGAUGGACAUCGAGCCGUUCCUCGGCCACACUGCCGAAACCCUCCUCACACAUGAUGUCCCUAUGCGGGAAACCAUCAAGCACAUCCCCCCCAGGCAAGGCCACUCCCAGCAGCCUCUACCUGGCCCCCCAGCCUCCACUAAAACGGUUUUUGGUGACUUGAAGACUCCAGAAGGCCUCAAAGCACUCAAUGAUUUCCUGGUAGACAAAAGCUACGUGGAAGGCUUCGUGGCUUCCCAAGCCGACGUCGCUGUGUUCGACGCCGUCCCUUCCACCCCCCCUCAGACCCUCCAGCACCUCCGGCGCUGGUACAACCACAUCAAGUCUUUCCAGACGGACAGGGCCCGCCUCCCCACUACUAAAACCCAGUUUGUACUGUUAAAUGCCUGUCCCUCCUCAGACCACGCCAGCGAUGAAGACAUUGACCUCUUUGGUUCAGAAGACGAGGCUGAGAGCGCCGAGAUGGCCAGGAUCAAGGAGCAGCGCCUCGCUGAGUAUGCAGCCAAGAAAUCCAAAAAGCCAGCCCUCAUCGCCAAGUCCUCCAUCCUUCUGGAUGUCAAGCCUUGGGACGACGAGACGGACAUGUCCAAGCUGGAGCAGUGCGUCCGCAGCGUCAGGAUGGACGGCCUGCUGUGGGGGCAGUCCAAGCUGCUGCCAGUGGGCUACGGCAUCAAGAAGCUCCAGAUCGCCUGCGUGGUGGAGGACGAUAAAGUGGGCACGGAUGUGCUGGAGGAGGCCAUCACCGCCUUCGAGGAACAUGUUCAAUCUGUGGACGUGGCUGCUUUCAACAAGAUCUGAAGCGAGCUGAACGACGACAGCCGGCAUUGAAUUCAGACAUUUGAAAGCUCCGGUUUAGAAGGCUUCCUCUCUUCAAUGUUUGAAACUCAGGUGUUUAUUUAAGGUUCCCUUCAGGACAAACGUGAAAAAUUCCUUUCCUCAAACUUCAAAUAAAAAUAUGGCUGAGUGCUUUGAAAUGUCUGAUUUUUUUUUUUUUUUUUCUCCUUAACGCCUACCCCAAAUAAAAUCUUGUUUGGUG